AGGCUUACACUAUUUCCAAGAUGUAGAUGUUUUAGUAAAGACGGGAACAACUUUCUUCAUUUUUCCUUUUACAACUAAGUACUUACAACAAGUCACAGUAUAACAGAUAUUGAUAUGCUUUCCCAUGAUUAACAGUAAGACAAUGGACGAGCAGAGACGGCGCUCUACAUCGCCCCUUCAAGAGCGUCUGCUUAAGCAGAAUCACCGUCAACAGGACGACGACGCGCCUUUUUUUCAACAAAAUGCAAAUGCUUCACCAAGACAACAGUUUUACUGCAGUAACGAAAAUUUAACGACUUCGGCUAGCAGUUUCAGCACUCACGCACAGAACGCGGCUCGUGCUGCUUACACGAAUCACACGACGCACCUGCCGAAGAUCACACCAUCAGCGACACUAUUGCCGCUCUCGAAAAUGGCGCCAUCCUUGCCUUCCUCGUCCUUAAUGUCAGCGAGCCACUCGAUUUACCAGCACAACAUCAUGAAGCAGGUGGAUGAUUCUAGGUGCCAGGGCACCAUCAUGAAGACGAAGAAUGAUUCUAGUUACCAGAACAGCACUACGAAACAGAAGAAAGAUUCUACUAGUGACCAAGACAGCAUCGCUAAGGGGCAGAGUGAUUUGGCUUACCACUACCAGGACGCGGCGAUGAAGAAUGAUUCUAGUUACCAGGACAACAUCAUGAAGCGGCAGAAUCGUUAUCAUGCCAGUCGCCUGGACAGAAUCAUGAACAUGAAGACGACGGAUGAUUGUAGUUACAUGGACGCCACGAGCAGGCAGAUGAAUGAUUCACCUCCUUACCAGGGCAGCAUCAUGAAGAUGCAAGGCGACUGCACUAGUGACCAAGACAGCACCAUCAAGCGGCAGAGUGAUUUGGCUUACCACUACCAGGACGCGACGACGAAGAAGGAGGAGCAUUCUAGUUUUCGGAAGACCACAAGCGCUUCUAGCUACGAGAACACAAAUGAGACGAAAAACAGCGACAGCAACAUGAUGGAGAGCAGUCCGCUAAUGAAUUUGCGCGAAUCUCGCAACAUCGACGCCAUCGCUAAACCUGAUCAUGGUGGAGAAGGAGAAAAUAGUCCUCCUCGUAGUAGGGUUUUCGAUUCCUCCAAGAUGAAUCUUCUUACUUCUCCUAUGUUGCAGCUUUCUGAGGGCAAGGGUGGAGAGAAUACAGAGCCGCUGAUGACUCGUGAGCGGCAGAAUGAAAAACAAUACAACAGUCGCGGUUUUAGUGAGAUCUCUCUGAGGGGGAUUGGUAGUAGGGUUAGUGAUAUUGGGAUGCAAGGAAUACAGUUACAGCUACCACUGUCACUGUCGAAUAGUCCUGCGUCAACAUCUGUCGUGGUAGCGUGUGAAAGGCCCAACACUAUGGAACGGCGUAGUCUUGUUAUUUCACCUCCGAGAUCACGAUCGCGGCCGCAAAGAGACAAAUUUAAAGGCCGCGCCUUUGAGGAUGAAAACAAGAAGGAAGACGAUACGGACGAGAUGAAAUCGCGCCAGGCUGCAGCACCCUUUUCCCUUUUGCAGCCGGCUUUUGAGGCAGGAAGCCCGCUAGCUUCCUCGGCGUUUUCCUUAGCAGCAAGCCGGUGGAAGAGCCAAGCUCCUGCUGGGUCAGAAAAUUAUGACUCGCCUACUUUUCAGAUGCAGUAAGAGACCAGCCGGCAUUUUUUCAGACCUAAUACUUUCUUGCCUUUUAGUUCUCUGAGAGUUGAAGAUAGUAAUGGUACUUAGCUAGGUGAGCUGGUCCAAGAAUGGGAACAACUUCAUCCCCCCAAGGCGAUUUUCUACGCGAAUUAGUACUAAAGACCUUAACAGCGCUUGCGCUUACACUUCUAACGGGCGCAGUCGCUCGGAGCUUUGAGGAAGCCUCACCGCUACGGUCGGCCUGCAAGGAGUCUAUCACGGCCUGCCCGCUUCCUCGCGGCGGCUGCGUGUGUGCAGAUUGCCGGUGGGAUUCAUCAGCAACACAAAGGAGACGAGUACGGAAUGAAAGUGCUCACAUGGUGGACAGGCUGCCUCUGUCAAUAACCCUUUACUUUGUCUAAGGUAGCACGAUAUAUUAGACUGCUGAUGCCCCCAGUCGUGGCGCGAAUGUGCCGGGCCGUUCUGCUUGGGUUAGGUCAACCUUCCUACUGGUUACUCAAUAUUAUACUGCUUCCAAAAUGGUUUCGUAUUCGUGGUAGAUACAUAGGUCUAAGCAGUUGUAAAAACGAAAUAAACCUAGAUCGUCAGCGAAUAAUAAAGUCCCUGAUACAGUAAGCGAUGGCGGUAACGACCAACCCCCUUCACUAUCAUACGAAGGCAGACCCAGAGACCACAGGCAGAGGCGAAGGGGAUGGAGAGACGCAAGGUGGGCCACCAGCAGGCACCGAGGGAAGCAGGGGACGAGGCUACGGCAGCAACAAGGUAACUCGUGACCGUGCUUGGCUCCUGGAAGAAAAAAAGGACCUGACUCUUCGUAACCAGUCCUCCAUCUUCGACGAGAAUCCCACCGGCGUCACGAGUUCUAAAGCGGCUUCUGCUUCUCUGCAAGACAACCCGUCCACAACAACAACUACAGAUGUUGAACAAAACGCCGAGCAGGAUAGUGCUUCUUCUACUUUCCAAAUCAGGUUGGAACAAGGUGGUGACGAGGUGACUAGUAGUCAAGAGAAAUCUUCUCCACCUUCUGACAGCGAUGUGCUCGGUGUCACGGUUUCAGCGUCUUUGUCUUCAGAUGGCACACGAGGCAUUGCUUCAGAAACUCAGGAUCUAGCGGCCUCGAGCUUUAUCACUGCUUCAGCCUCAGAGCGUGUCAUAAAGGAGUCUUGCGACAAUCCGGACAGCAAGGCAGUUACUGAGUUGCCAGAUGAAAACACGAGAGCAAGGCGGGUAGCGCAACAGCUUCCCGAGCUGACUAAACCAGAGGAGUUGCUCUCGUUUUUCGAAGCCUGUACCAAUCGGAAACAAAAACAACACCAAGACGCAGC